CCUCCCCAGCUGAAGAUGUCUAACAAUGGAGUUGAAACCGAAGACAAACCGCCGGCUCCUCCGAUGAGAAAUACCAGCACAAUGCUUGGAACGGGAAGCAAAGAUGCUGGGACUUUAAACCACGGCUCAAAACCUUUGCCUCCCAACCCGGAAGAAAAGAAAAGGAAGGACCGAUUUUACCGAUCUAUUUUACCGGGAGAUAAAACCAAUAAAAAGAAAGAGAAAGAGCGGCCGGAGAUCUCCCUCCCUUCAGACUUCGAACACACGAUUCAUGUAGGGUUCGACGCUGUCACGGGGGAGUUCACGGGAAUGCCGGAGCAGUGGGCGCGUUUACUGCAGACUUCCAACAUCACCAAAUCGGAGCAGAAGAAGAACCCCCAGGCGGUGCUGGACGUGUUGGAGUUUUACAACUCCAAGAAGAUCUCCAACAGCCAGAAGUACAUGAGUUUUACAGAUAAAUCGACAGAGGAUUACAACUCAUCAAAUACGCUGAACGUGAAGGCUGUCUCCGAGACCCCUGCAGUGCCCUCCGUCUCUGAAGAUGAAGAUGAUGAAGACGAUGCAGCUCCACCCCCAGUGAUAGCUCCGCGACCCGAACACACAAAAUCCAUCUACACCCGCUCAGUGAUCGAUCCCCUUCCUCCUCCUACCAGAGAUGUGGCCACCUCUCCUAUUUCUUCUCCCUCGGAAACCAGCACGAUGGUGCCUGACAUGCUGGUCAGGAAUACAGAGAAAAUGAAGAAAAAGCCAAAAAUGUCAGAUGAAGAGAUCUUGGAAAAAUUAA